AGCAGCAUCCAUAGUUCAUUUUCGCAUGCCACAACCAAGGAGAAGUAGGAAUAAAACUUGUUCAGCUUUUUCCUCUCUACUCUCUCCACCUGAAGUGAAUAUGAGUUCCAAAAUCAAAUCCGUGGUUUCUAUUGUUACUUUGUUGUUUAUUUUGUCCAAUUUGAUAUCUCAAAAUCAAGCUCAACAGGUUUCCAACCACUCGAUUGCAGCCUUUUAUGUGUUUGGAGACUCUUAUGUGGACCCUGGAAACAACGACUACAUUCUUUCGAUUGCCAAGAGCAACUUUCCACCUUAUGGAAUUGAUUUUGUGAACCAGAUCGCCACUGGAAGGUUCAGCAAUGGGAAGCUCAUUGCUGAUUUUUUUGCUUCCUUCUUGGGUUUUCAGAAUAACUCCUAUGUGCCAUAUUUGGCCCCAAAUUUCACCAUCCAGUCCACCAAACCUGCAGUUGGUUUCGCCUCCGCUGGCACUGGAUUUGACAAUCGCACUGCAGCAUUACUUAAUGUAAUCCCAAUGUCAACGCAAUUGGAAUACUUCAGAGAAUACAAAGCAAGACUUGCGAGCAGCAUUGGACAAGAGGGAGCGGAUAAUCUGACAAGGAAUGCCGUUUUCUUUGUGAAUUGUGCUGUGAACGAUUUCGUCAACACAUUUUACGGGGCUGGACAUAUAAGCCUUCCGGCUGGGACAACUAUCGGGCAAUAUGAAGAUUUUGUGUUACAACAACUGCAAGAAUUCAUACAGGGAUUGGUUGGCCUUGGGGCUCGAAGAAUUGCGGUCUCCGGAGUGCCAUUGUUCGGAUGCUGGCCCAUUGUCAUUACUCUCUACUCGUCAAACCUCACAAAUGCAUUGGGAACGCGUGCUUGCAAUGACACCCUAAAUGCUGUCGGAAACGAUUAUAACAUGAAGGUUCAAGCAGCAUUGAGGACCAUGCAAAAUAGCUCCGGAAAUAUUGGACUCAAACUUGCCUACUUCGAUACGUAUACGCCAAUGGUUAACAUUCGGCGAAACCCGGCUGUGUUUGGUAUUGACGUUACUAACAGGGGUUGUUGCGGGACUGGUUUGCUGGAAUUAGGACCCCUUUGCAACUCGCUCUCCGCACUUUGUGCUAAUAGGUCGGAGUACGAAUUCUUUGACUCAGUCCAUCCAACUCAAACAACAGCUUCCAUUAUAUUGAACGCCAAUAUUGCUGCCAUCAAUUUUAUAACUAGUUAAGAAGCAACAAUUUUAAGUUCAAUUAUCGCAGACGCCAAUAUUGUUGCUGCCAUAAAUACUAGUAUGACUAAAUAAGGGCCAGCAACUUUGUCCAUGUGUUAUGUAUAUGGUGGGGUCGUCCUAGAACUCCUAUGGUCAUAAGGCCUAUGUGCCCAAUUUGCAUAUCUGCAAACUGUACCUUUCAUGUGCUUUUUUACUUCUUGGUGCUUCUUAAUUAGCACUUUCCUUUAAUAAAAUGAUGUGUGAUAUCUAUUGACUCUAA